UUGAAAAAUAGCGGAAUGCAGCCACAGCUGAGGAUAUUUCUAUCUCCCUCUCACCACCAGUGUUUGUCAUUUUGUCAUCAAUACUCGGUCGCCGUAAUUCAUUUUUUCCCUUCUUAAUAGCAGCUGUUUGUGGGAUAAUCAUCGGAGCUGGUGUAAACCGGUUAUAAGAGGACAAAAACAUGAGUGUCGAGGCGUACGGGCCGAGCUCACAGACUCUGACGUUCCUCGACACGGAGGAGACUGAGCUGCUGGGAGCGGACACCCAGGGCUCCGAGUACGACUUCACUGACUUUACACUGCCGAGCCAGACCCAGACACAAGGCCAAACCCAGAGCCAGCUGGAACACCAGGUCAAUGGUCCUGACGGCCUGCUUCAGAAUGGAGACGACCCGAUGCUUAAAGCCAGUCAGCUGCUGGCUGAGCUGAAUUUUGAAGAGGAUGAAGAGGACACCUAUUACACAAAGGAUCUACCUUUACAUGCCUGCAGUUACUGUGGGAUUCAUGAUCCAGCCUGUGUGGUUUACUGCAACACCAGCAAAAAGUGGUUUUGUAACGGCCGUGGAAACACAUCUGGCAGCCAUAUUGUAAACCACCUGGUGAGAGCGAAGUCCAAGGAGGUGACCCUGCAUAAAGAUGGCCCUCUGGGGGAAACGGUACUUGAGUGCUACAACUGCGGCUGUCGCAACGUCUUCCUCCUGGGCUUCAUCCCUGCCAAAGCUGACUCAGUAGUGGUGUUACUGUGCAGGCAGCCAUGUGCCAGCCAGAGCAGCCUGAAGGACAUCAACUGGGACAGCUCACAGUGGCAGCCGCUUAUCCAAGACCGCUGCUUCCUGUCAUGGCUCGUCAAAAUCCCUUCAGAGCAGGAGCAGCUCCGUGCUCGUCAGAUCACCGCCCAGCAGAUUAACAAGCUGGAGGAGCUCUGGAAGGAAAAUCCCACUGCCACUUUGGAGGACCUGGAGAAGCCCGGUGUGGACGAAGAGCCCCAACAUGUGCUGCUUCGCUACGAGGAUGCCUACCAGUACCAGAACAUCUUUGGUCCUCUGGUCAAGCUGGAGGCUGACUAUGAUAAGAAACUCAAAGAGUCCCAGACUCAAGACAACAUUACAGUCAGAUGGGAUUUGGGCCUGAAUAAAAAGAGGAUUGCUUAUUUUACUAUUCCCAAGACGGAUUCUGACAUGCGACUGAUGCAGGGAGAUGAAAUUUGCCUGAGGUACAAAGGAGACCUGGCCCCUCCAUGGAAAGGCAUUGGACAUGUCAUCAAAGUUCCUGAUAACUAUGGUGAUGAGAUCGCCAUAGAGCUGAGGAGCAGUGCGGGGGCUCCAGUGGAGAUCCCUCACAACUUUCAGGUCGACUUUGUGUGGAAAUCCACUUCCUUUGACAGGAUGCAGAGCGCGCUGAAGACCUUUGCUGUGGAUGAGACUUCAGUGUCUGGUUACAUCUACCACAAACUUCUUGGACACGAGGUAGAGGAUGUGGUCAUCAAGUGCCAACUGCCAAAACGCUUCACUGCUCAGGGCCUGCCUGACCUUAACCACUCCCAGGUGUAUGCUGUGAAAACCGUGCUUCAGCGUCCCCUCAGUCUGAUCCAGGGUCCUCCUGGCACAGGGAAGACUGUCACCUCUGCCACCAUUGUCUACCACCUGGCUCGACAGGGCAAUGGGCCGGUGCUGGUGUGUGCUCCCAGUAACAUUGCCGUGGACCAGCUGACAGAGAAGAUCCAUCAGACUGGACUAAAGGUAGUGAGGCUGUGUGCAAAGAGCAGGGAGGCCAUCGAUUCACCUGUGUCCUUCCUGGCUCUGCACAACCAGACCCGUAACAUGGACAGUAUGCCUGAACUUCAAAAGCUCCAACAGCUGAAGGACGAGACUGGAGAGCUGUCCUCCUCUGAUGAGAAGCGCUACAGAGCUUUGAGACGCACUGCUGAGAGGGAGCUGUUAAUGAAUGCCGAUGUGAUCUGCUGCACCUGUGUCGGUGCUGGAGAUCCUCGUCUGGCUAAGAUGCAGUUCCGCUCAAUCCUGAUUGAUGAGAGCACCCAGGCCACUGAACCAGAGUGCAUGGUUCCUGUAGUUCUGGGGGCUAAACAGUUGAUUCUGGUGGGUGAUCACUGCCAGCUGGGCCCUGUGGUGAUGUGUAAGAAGGCAGCUAAAGCUGGUUUGUCUCAGUCUCUGUUUGAGCGUCUGGUGGUUUUGGGGAUCCGGCCGAUCCGUCUGCAGGUCCAGUACCGCAUGCACCCAGCCCUCAGCGCCUUCCCCUCCAACAUCUUCUAUGAGGGCUCUCUGCAGAACGGGGUCACAGCCGCUGACCGUGUAAAGAAAGGCUUUGACUUCCAGUGGCCGCAGCCCGACAAGCCGAUGUUCUUUUAUGUUACUCAAGGCCAAGAGGAAAUUGCCAGCUCUGGAACAUCCUAUCUCAACAGAACUGAGGCCGCCAAUGUAGAGAAAAUCACCACCAGGUUGCUGAAGGCUGGAGCAAAACCAGAUCAGAUUGGCAUCAUCACGCCCUACGAGGGACAGAGGUCCUACCUGGUCCAGUACAUGCAGUUUAGUGGCUCCCUCCACACCAAACUCUACCAGGAGGUGGAAAUAGCCAGUGUGGAUGCCUUUCAAGGCAGAGAGAAGGACUUCAUCAUCCUCUCCUGUGUCAGGGCCAAUGAGCAUCAGGGCAUUGGCUUUCUCAACGAUCCCCGACGUCUCAAUGUGGCGCUCACCAGAGCAAGGUAUGGUGUGAUCAUUGUGGGAAAUCCAAAGGCCCUGUCGAAGCAGCCUCUGUGGAACCACCUGUUGAACUACUAUAAGGAGCAGAAGGUCCUUGUGGAGGGGCCCCUCAACAACCUGAGGGAGAGCCUCAUGCAAUUUAGCAAGCCCCGAAAGCUGGUCAACACCAUCAACCCUGGAGGUCGAUUCAUGAGCACUGCCAUGUAUGAUGCAAGGGAGGCUCUCAUUCCUGGAUCUGUUUAUGACCGCAGCAGCAACGGAAGGGCAUCCAAUAUGUAUUUCCAGACCCAUGACCAGAUUGGCAUGAUUGGCACAGGAAGCAAUCCCAUGACAUCCAUGAACAUUCCCAUCCCAUUCAACCUGGUGAUGCCCCCCAUACCUCCUCCAGGGUACAUGGGACAGGUCAAUGGACCCACAGGAGGUCGUGGAGGAGGGAUGAAAGGCAAAGCAGGUGGUGGAGGAGGUGGCGGGGCUCGAGGUGGCCGCCAAAGAAACCGGGGAAACAUGGGUAACCAUGGAGGAGGAGAGCGCGGGCAGCACGGAGGCCACAUGAGUGGCAGCCAGGCCAGUCAGGACCUGGGCUCUCAACCGUUCUCUCAGGGGCCUCUGACGCAGGGCUACAUCAACAUGAGCCAGCCGUCACAGAUGAGCCAGCCGGGGCUCUCCCAGCCUGAACUCUCACAGGACAGUUACCUUGGUGACGAGUUCAAGUCCCAGAUUGAUGUGGCUCUGUCCCAGGACUCCACCUACCAGGGGGAGCGGGCCUACCAACACGGUGGUCUGACUGGACUGUCCCAGUACUAGAUUGAUGCUGGAAAGGAGCUAGGCCCGUGAAAAGCUUAGUUCAUUGGUAUUUUAAUCUGGGUAAUAACAAAAAAGAACAAACAAGGAUACCCGUUUUCCACUGCUACAACCGAAGCACCACUGUGUGAAAGUAACAGGAGAGAGACCGUGAGAAACCAACCAGUCACAAGAGUGAGAGCAAAAAAAGGGAGUAGAGCUGGACAGGAAGCGAGUAAGAGACGAGAGAGAGAGAGAGAGAGAGAGAGAAGGCACUGCUGCUCACAGGCGAAGACAUGGCGAAGGAGAAAGCUGUGAUUGUCGGAGCAGCACAGUCUGAGAGGCGAGACCUUGGACAGGUCAAGGGGAGUGGAAGGUCCAAACGAUUCUGGAGAGGGGGCGACUGUGUCAUCUUGUCCCUUGUGUGUCCCUGAACCCUCGGGGACCUUCACGUGGUGGGGUUGGAAAACUUGCUCCAAAAGAAAGAUGGAGAAGAUGGGCGUCUCUCACAAAAAUGUCCUCCAAGCUAACUCAGCAGGACAUCUUCUGUGACUUGGAGAGAGAUAGAGAGAAAACAAACGGGGACACAACUCGUGAUGCAGUUGAUAUGGCAACUUUUUUAAACUCAAAGCUUGAAUUGAGACUCUGCGUUUGGUCACAUUUAAGCGUCCAGGAGAGAAGAGUGUGAAACGCUGUUUGGCUACUCAAGUGAACUCUGAAGUGCUUGUGUUGUUGUGCCUCGAGGGGUUCAAAUGAAGUUUGAGGAUUCAUUUAGCCACAGAUCAUUCACUUUUCAUUCUCAGCUUUGAGUUGGAACAUUUCAAAAUGAAAGCUGUUUUCAUUGAGGUUUUUCAGAAAGAACGAGUGGUGGACAUUCUAAAAACAUUAAAGAGAAAACAUCGUUGUCUCCAGAUCUGAGGAGGUACACUCCAGAGAUCUUGACAUAGUGAGACAAUUUAGUUUUGUUUUAGUCGUGAAAGUGAACACUAUGACCAACUUUCAACUGAAGGAAGUGCUCAUUGUUUCCUGGUGACUCUUAAUGAUCCACUAAUGAUAGUAGACGGAUCAUCUUGAGCUUAUGCUGCUAAAUGCAUCAAGUGAGCCAAAUGAAUAGAGCACUAACUCCCAAAGAGACAUGACAUGUUUAAAAAACAUGCAUAGUGAAAUUAUACAUGAAGGAUUUCAGCUAUUUAAUUAAAAAAAUAACUUUCAUGGUAGACAUGCUAGUUUUCAUGCUCUUACACGGGUACUCAGUACAGAGGAUGAUGAACACUUCUUCUGCCCCGUCUUAAAACAUAAAUGUGUUUUAGUGAACAUUGAUCUAAAAUUUCACCCUGUUAGAAUUUGGUGUAAGAUCUUUUUCAUUCAUUCAUUCGCUCAUUACAAAUGAGACAUUAUAUAUAGAACGUGAACUAUGAACUUUGCCAUAAAGAUGCAUUUAAGUUAUUUAGACAUGAUGACCCAUGGGCCAUCUUUAAGCUUGAUAAGAACUUUGACAAACAUUUGUAGACGUCUUAGUUUUAGUGCUCUGCAUGUGUUGUUCAUUUUAAUUUAUUAGUAACUUAUUUUCAUUUGUAUGUCUACAAACCACACAACACUGUAAA